AUGGCUUUCCCACAAGCUGUUACAGAAGCCAUUCAAAGGCUCGAAACGCUCUCAUCCUUCCCGUCGGAACCAGGACCUGGCAUUGCAACCGAAGCGUACAAAAGCACCUCCCCUCUGGCUUACACUUUAUCGCAAGUACCUCUGGGCACUGCGCGUCCUCUGAAAAUAAUCUGCAUUGGUGCGGGGUUCAGUGGACUUGCCUUUGCAAGAGAAGUCGAGACGAACCAGCUCCAGAACAUCAAUCUAACAGUCUAUGAGAAGAACUCAGAGGUUGGUGGAACGUGGUGGGAGAACCGAUACCCAGGAUGUGCCUGCGACAUCCCUAUCCACAACUACCAGUACUCAUGGGCUCCAUACCCACACUUUCCAUCCUACUAUGCCGCUCAGAAGGACAUUCAUGCUUACAUGACUCUCGUCGCUGAUCAACAUAAUUUACGGCAAUAUGUUCGCACGUCCCACAAAGUCUUAGGAGCCAAAUGGAUUGCCGAAAGGCAAAAGUGGCAGAUCCAGGUUGUCUGUACAGAUGGACGCGAGCUUAUGACUUCAAACCGUCACUCUCGAGAAGGCGAAAGUGGAGAGCCAUUCAUAGAAGAAUGCGACGUUCUAAUAAAUGGUUCCGGUUGCUUCAAUGACUGGAAAUGGCCCAACAUCACGAACAGAGAAGUCUUUCAGGGAGAGUUGCUCCAUUCAGCUAUCUGGCCGAGGAAUGCAAACCUGAAAAGCAAGAGAGUGGCAUUGAUAGGCAACGGGAGUACGGGAGUGCAAAUCCUUCCCGCAAUCUUGGACGAGGUGGAGAGUGUGAAAGUCUAUAUUAGAAGCAGAACAUGGGUAACUGCGGGUUUCGCUCAAAGGUUUGCUGGACCAAACGGGACAAAUGUGGUAAUUUCCGAUGAACAAAAGAAGGCGUGGCAGGAGAACCCCGAAGAGUAUCUUAAGUAUCGAAAGGACGUCGAGUCAGAACUGAACUCGAGGUUCAGGUUGUAUCUGAAGUACUCGCAGGAGCAAAAAGACGCCAGAGCCUUCUCAAUCGACCAGAUGACGGCAAAGCUAGGUGGGAAGCCUGAGAUUGUGGAUAAACUGCUGCCCGAUUUUUCUGUUGGUUGUAGAAGAGCCACUCCCGGAAACGGAUAUCUCGAGGCACUAUGCUCUCCCAAAGUUGAGAUAGUAUGGGGCGAAAUCGACUCAUUCGACGACAAGGGAAUCAAGUCCGCGACAGGCGAAUAUAACGAAUUUGACACAAUAAUAUGUGCGACCGGGUUUAACAUGUCCUUCUCUCCACGUUUCCCCAUCAUCGGAGAAAAAGGAAUAGACCUACAAAAGAAAUGGGACAAAAACCCCGAGUGCUAUCUCAGUGUAACGGCAGCUAACAUGCCUAAUUACUUCAUGUAUUUAGGGCCAGGGAGUCCGCUUGGACAUGGCAGUGUGGUGUCAAGUCUAGAGAGGGUGACCGAAUAUAUGAGUAAGAUGAUUUCCAAAUUGCAGAAAGAGAAUUACAGCUCCGUGGUUCCAAAACCGCACAUUCCACGCGCAUACCAGAAACAAGCACUUGCAUGGCUCGAGAAGACGGCUUGGAGUUCGAAUUGUGUCUCCACAUACAAAAACGGAGAUCCAAAUGGCCCUCUCAUUUCAUUACAUCCUGGCUCAAGGCUACAUUUCUUUGAACUUCUCAAGAAUCCAAGGUCCGAAGAUUUUGACUGGCAAAGUCUUUGCGACGACCAAGACUUGACAUUUGCAUGGAUGGCGAAUGGGUUCACGGUUGACGAGGAAAAUAAAGAGAAUAAAAAGGACUUGACGUAA